AUGAUACAAAGCGCAAACAUAUUACAGCUUGUUGGCCAACCAAGCACGUCAAAUGUUGGACAAACAUUAGCACCAAUAAGUGAUAAAGUUCAAGAAAUUUUACCUGGAAUGACAAGUGAGCGAAUAUUAGAAACAAAAGAGGAUGUUGGCCAAACAUGUGAGCCAGAUGUUGGGCAAACAGCACCAAUAUGUCAAGAGAUCAUACCAGCUUUGACUAAUAAUCCAAUACUCGAAAAACCAGAGUGUGUUGUACAAAUGGCUGUACCAGAUGUUGGCCAAACAUUGGCACCAGUAAGCCUCAUAAUUCAAAACACCAUACCAUCUGAGCCAACUGUUGGACAAACAUUGGUUCCAAGAAUUCCAGAAAUCUUACCAGCUUCGACAGAUGAGUCAAUAUUAGAAACUCAAGAAUCUGUCAGCAAAGAGUGUGAGCCCAAUGUUGGCCAAACAACACCAGUUAUUCAAGAAAUCUUACCAAUUUUGCCCUUGGAGCCAACAUUAGAAAUACAAAAAGAUGUAAGUCAAAUAUGUGACCAAGUUGUUGAACAAAUAUUACCAACAAUAAGCCCUAUAAUUCAAGAUAACUUACCAACUUUGACCCAAGAUCCAACAUUAAUUACGCAGGAGAAUGUUGGCCAAAUGCACGCCUCAGACGCAAGCCAAUCAUUGGCUCCAAUAAGCCCGAUGAUACAAGAUUCUCUGACCAAUGAGUCAAUAUUUAUAACACAAGAUGUUGAUCAAAACUUAAGUCCAAAUGUUGGUCAAACAUUGACACCAAUAGAUCCUAUAAUUCAAGAUAUUGCACCAGCGUUGACCUUCGAGCCAAAAAUAGACACACAAGAGUCUGCUGAGGCAGUGUGUAUGCCCAAUGUUGGACAAAAGAUAGCACCAAUCACCCCUAUAAUUGAAGAAAUAUCACCAGAGUUAAGCUUUGAGACAACAUUAAAAACGCAAGAAUCAGCUGAUGUACCGUGUAUGCACAAUGUUGGACAAGAAUUAGCAUCAAAAAUCCCUAUAAUUCAAGAUAACUUACCAGCGGUGAGCAUGGACACUGUAUCAGAAAUGCAAGAGUCUACUGGUCAAACGUGCAUGCCCAAUGCUGGACAAGAAUUAGCACCUAUUAGCCACCUAGCGAAUGAAAUUGUGCCGGCAAUGAUAAGCGAACCAACAUUUGAAAUACAAGAGCCUGGCCAAAAGAUUACGCCAAGCGACGACCAAUCACUGGUGCCAAUAAGCCCCAUUAUUCAAGAAAUAUUACCAGUUUUGACCAAUAUACCAACAUUUCAAACCGAAGAGUCUGCUGAGCAAACGAGUAUACCAAAUGUAGAACAAACAUUGGCGCCAAUAACACCUUUAACAAAUGAAACCAUACCUAUUCUGACCUAUGAGACAACACUACAAACACAAGAUGUUGGUGAAAUAUCUACGCCCAAUGUUGGACAAACAUUAGCACCAAUAAGCUUUAUAGUUCAAGAAACCUUACCGGAAAUGACAAGUGGGCCAACAUUAGGAACACGAGAUAAUGUUGUCCAAAUAUGUGAGUCAAAUGUUGGAGAAACAUUGGCGUCUAUAAGCCCUGUAAUUACCUAUGAUCCAACACUUGAAACCCAACAGAAUAUUUGCGAAGGGAAGAUGGCCAAUGUUGGACCAACAGCGCCAAUAAGCUCUUCAAGGGAUGACAUUUUACCAGUUUUGACCAAUGAUGAAACAGAAGAGAAUGUUGGCGACAUUAGUACGCCCAAUGUUGGACUGGCGCCUGAAAGUCAUCUAGUGGAAGGAAACUUACCGGAAAUUGUCUAUGAUCCAACAUUGAAAACACAGGAGGAUGUAGGCCAUAUUAGUACGCCCAAUGUUGGACAAAAAUUACCACUCAUAAGCCCUGUAGCGAAUGAAAUCUUAUCAGAGACACAGGAAGGUGUUGGCCAAAUAUGUGAGCCAGAUGUUGGACAAACAUUUGUACCAAUGAACCCUAUAGAUCCAGAAAUAUUACCAACUUUAACCUACGAACCAACAUUGGGUACACUACAAGACGUUAGCCAAAUGUGUGAGUCUGAUGUUGGACAAAUAUUGGCACCAAUAAGCUCUGUAAUUCAAAACUUACCACCUUUGGCUUAUGAACCGAUGUUAGAAACACAAGAUGUUGGCCAUGAAAGUUCACCAAAUGUUGGCCAUAUAUUGGCAUCAUCGGAAAUUUCAUCUGAUCCGAUGGCCCAAAGUUCUGAAGCAAGUAUUGAAAUAGACCCUGGUCUAUUAAUUUGGCCCAAUAUUGGCCAGACGUUUACAACUGAACCAAUUACUGGCGCAACGUUCUUACUAAAUACAGGCCAAAUAUUGAAUAUCUAUGAACAAACAAAUGGUCGAAUGUUAUCUCCACCCGAUAAUCUAAAUGCAGAUAUGUAUGUUGCCCAAAUGUUUCCACCAAUUAUUGGUCAAGCGAAUCCUCCUGACCUAGCACUAAGCUCAAAUGUACACAUUCUGCCCGAAAAUCAAGACAUAGAAAUACAAGAGAUUGGCCAAAUAUUGGAUCCAAAUAAUGACCAACAAACGAAACUAUCUGAAGUUACAUCCAAUAAUAUCUCACAAGAUUCAACCUUCGAGCCAAUGGAAAUGGAUAUUGAUCAAACAAUAUCGCCAAGUGUUGGCCAAAUAUUUGAAACAACAAUUGACCAACAAUCAGAAUCUCCUGAAGUUACACCUAUCGGAUCGUGUUCAGAAAUAUGUGCCAAAGAAGGCCAAGCAAGUGGCCCAGAUAAAGACCAAGACAUAGACCAAUCUGGACUCAUACAAACUCCUAGUAGCGAGCAAAGUCUAGAAACAAAUAUUGGUCAUGUAAUAUGGCCAAACGGCCAAAUAAGUGACCCAAAUAAUGGCCAAAGCUUAGCACCAUCUGAAGUCACAUCUCAUGAGAUACCAGGUUCAUCCAGUAAGCAAAUAAAUAUUGGUUCAAUUAUAUGGCCAAGUGGUCAAAUAGUGGACCCAAAUAAUGGCCAAGUCUUAGAACUGAACCCAACAAGCGAACAAAGUCUUGACUUAAACAUAGGUUCUAUUAUAUGGCCAAAUGUUGGUCAGAUAACUGACCCAAGUAAUGGCCAACCCUCAGAUAUACCAGCUGCGACUAACGAUCAAAGUUCGGGAAUAAAUAUUGCUCCAAUUAUAUGGCCAAGUGGUCAAAUAAUUGACCCUAACAAUGGGCAAACCUUAGAGCCAAACAGCGAGCAAAGUCCAGAAUUAAAAGCUUUCCCAGUAACAUGGCCAAAUCCGGGCCAAAUAUUGGACCCUAAUAACGCCCAACAGUUCGGAGCGCCUGGGAUCACAUCUCAUCCAAUCAUACAAGCUUCAAAAGAUCAACCUGCAGGUGUGCCAACUAUUGGCCAUAUUAUUGGUCCAAUAAUGGUGCCAAAUAUUGACGAUACUUCAGACUCUAGCGAAUAUACAACACACCUAAUACAGGUUCCCGCUCCCGAACCAAGAUUUGAAAUACAAACUGUUGGCCCAAUGUUUGCGCCAGUACUUCAAAUGAAAAUGGAGACAUUCAGGCUAAAAAAGCCAUAA